AUGGCGCCCUGCCACCGCCGCAGUCAUCUGAAGUUCGGUGGGAGGGAACCUGAAGGGAAGAUCAUUGCUGUCUUCAAACCCAAGAAUGAAGAGCCGUAUGGGCAACUUAACCCUAAGUGGACCAAGUGGCUGCAGAAGCUGUGCUGUCCCUGCUGCUUUGGCCGUGACUGCCUUGUCCUCAACCAGGGCUAUCUCUCAGAGGCUGGCGCCAGCCUGGUGGACCAAAAACUGGAACUCAAUAUUGUACCCCGUACAAAGGUAGUACACCUGGCCAGUGAGACUUUCAACUAUAGUGCCAUUGACCGAGUGAAGUCCAGGGGCAAGCAGCUUGCGCUAGAGAAAGUGCCAAAGGUCGGGCAGCGGUUUAACCGCAUUGGGCUGCCACCAAAGGUUGGCUCGUUCCAGCUCUUUGUUGAAGGCUACAAGGAUGCAGACUUCUGGCUGCGGCGUUUUGAGGCCGAGCCGCUCCCUGAGAACACCAAUCGGCAGCUGCUGCUGCAGUUUGAGCGCCUGGUGGUGCUGGAUUACAUCAUCCGCAACACCGAUCGAGGCAAUGACAACUGGCUGAUUAAGUACGACUGUCCAAUGGAUAGUUCCAGCUCUCGGGACACAGACUGGGUGGUGGUGAAGGAGCCUGUUAUCAGGGUGGCUGCCAUAGACAACGGGCUGGCGUUCCCUCUGAAGCAUCCCGACUCCUGGAGGGCAUAUCCUUUUUACUGGGCCUGGUUGCCCCAGGCGAAAGUCCCGUUCUCUCAGGAGAUCAAAGAUCUGAUCCUUCCAAAGAUAUCGGACCCUAACUUCGUCAAGGACUUGGAGGAGGACCUAUAUGAACUCUUCAAGAAAGAUCCCGGUUUCGACAGGGGCCAGUUCCACAAGCAGAUCGCUGUCAUGCGGGGUCAGAUCCUAAAUCUGACCCAGGCCUUGAAAGACAACAAAAGUCCCCUGCACCUCGUCCAGAUGCCACCCGUGAUCGUAGAAACAGCCCGUUCUCACCAGCGGGCCUCCAGCGAGUCCUACACACAGAGCUUUCAGAGUCGGAAGCCCUUCUUCUCGUCAUGGUAGCCCAAGGCAGGCGGCGUCGAGGGAGAAGGCCCGGGGAACCGGAAAGCCAGUGGAGAGCAGCCUCCGGGAUCCCCCUCUGCCUGCCUCCCC